UGUCUUCUGAGUGAACUGGUGAGCCAGUUAGAUCUUCUCUGGGCCCCGCACACGGCUGACUUCUCUCCAAGCGUCCCUGCUCUGCAAAGCUGAAGUCUUUGAAGAUGAGGGUGUGGAUCGUCUUCCUCCUGUGCCUGGCUGGCCACGCCUUCGCUGCUCCUACUGAGGAGGAGACAGUUGUGGAGGAGGUGGUCAUGGAGGAGCCAGUUGUUGAGGAAACAAAGAUGGGAAGCAACCCAGUACAGGUGGAGGUUGGAGAGUUUGAUGAAGCCAUCGAGGUUGUUGAAGAUGUUGCUGCUGAGAAUCCUUGCCUGAACUACCACUGCAAGAAAGGCAAAGUGUGUGAGGUCGAUGACGGCAAUACCCCCAUGUGUGUGUGCCAGGACCCCUCCACAUGCCCCCCUGCCGAUGGAGAGUUUGAGCAUGUCUGCGGCACCGACAACAAGACCUACGACUCUUCCUGCCACUUCUUUGCCACCAAGUGCACUCUGGAGGGAACCAAGAAGGGCCACAAGCUGCACCUUGACUACAUUGGACCCUGCAAAUACAUCGAGCCCUGCCUUGACAACGAGCUGAAUGAGUUCCCUCUCCGUAUGAGGGACUGGCUGAAGAACGUUCUGGUGACCCUGUACGAGCGUGACGAUGACAACAACAUGCUGAAUGAGAAGCAGAAGCUUAGGGUGAAGAAGAUCUAUGAGAACGAGAAGAGGCUACAGGCCGGUGAGCACUCGCUGGACCUACUGGCCCACGACUUCGAGAAGAACUACAACAUGUACAUCUUCCCCGUGCACUGGCAGUUUGGCCAGCUUGACCAACACCCCGUCGAUGGAUACCUGGCCCACUCAGAGCUCGCCCCCCUGCGCGCUCCCCUCAUUCCCAUGGAGCACUGCACCACCCGCUUCUUCGAGGCAUGUGACGCUGACAGUGACAAAUACAUCGCCCUGGAGGAGUGGGCCUCCUGCUUCGGCAUCAAAGAGCAGGACGUUGACAAAGACCUCAUCAUCUAAGUUCUCCUAACGAGAAGCAGCCGUUGGAGAGAAACUUCUAGUAGCUACUAACCGGACAAGGUGCUGAUGAUACAUAAGUUAAUAAAAAUUACAGUUAAGGUGCUAAUUGCAAUUUUUUCUGUUUCUUUCCUAUUAUUAAUUAUGCUUUCCUAGCUAUACCACUACAAAUCUUCCACAACUAAAACGUUCAGUCUGUACUAAUCAUCACUUUGUUGUGAACAUUUGAAUUCUUUUGUUUUUUGAACAAAAACCCAGUAAGAUAAAAACUAAAGACCUCUGAUGUAAAUUUGUAUUGACAUAUUAUAUGCUGUCUGUUCCAUGAUGUGUUCAGGGCUUUUUUUUUAUUAUUUGGGACCAGUUGAGACCAGACGAAUGAAACUGUAAAGUCAAAAAUAAAGUUUCCAAAUAAAUGCUCCCUCUGCUUGCUUCCUACUAGACCUACUGUUCAGUUUUUGCACUCUUUUGGUGGUGGGCUCCUUUAUUUUUACUGUCCUUUUGUGUAUUUUUAAUAGUUUGACUACUGGUAGCAAAGUCGUUCAUUUUUUUAAUUUCCAGAGAAAUCCGUGCCCUUGAAAGCAAUGCUUCUCUGUUCUUACAUUUGAACAAAAUUAAAAGGAAAGAUUUGUUUGAAUGAGGAGGAAACCUUGCAGGCUGAGAGUUUUUCUCUCCAUGUUUAUUUUUGUGACCCAAAGAGGUCAGUAGAUCUCUUUUCAUGAAUAAACAUCUAUAAAAACAUCUGAA